AACGCAAAAUUACAUGUGAAUUCGUUUGGCAUUUCACAAUUUCGUGUUCCACACCAAACAACAAACCAUACUGUGUUUUAUGUCCAUUGCGUGCGUGUUGUGUCCAGAAACGCUUUCGUUCUUUCUUUUUUAACUAAGGGCGCCCCUCGUCAACCCAAUCCCACUAUUCGGCAAUUACGACUCAUUUUCCACUUCGCCCCUUUUUCUAUAUAUAUAACCCCCACCCCUGCCUUGUAUUUCCCAUUUCUCUCCUUCCCUUUUUUGUUCUUGCUGCCGCUUCUUCUUCACGAGAGAUUGCUCCUUUUUUUUUUGGUCUUGUUGCUUUCACUGUUCCGGCGCCGGAAGAACGUUUGAGUUUUACACGGUUGGGAGUUUCAUUGUAGAAAGACUUUUUGGUCAAUUUUGGUCUCAAAGGCAAUGGAGGUAUACAGUAAAACCAUGGUUGCUGCCCCUGCAAAUGUUAUUUAUUUGUCUACUAUUCUGGGCCGUGAUGGGCCUAUUUCUGUUCACAAAUGUGAUUGGAAAUGUCAAACCGAACAUGUUUGUGGCAACUUGUAUCGCUGCAAACUAACGGGAAUCACACACAUCUGUGACAAGAAUUGUAACCAGAGAAUUUUGUAUGAUAACCAUAGUUCCCUUUGCCGGGCAAGCGGCCAGGUCUUUCCCCUUACUCAAGCGGAGGAACAGGCAGUCAGAGGCGUCAGGAGGAAGCUUGAUGCUGACAAUUCCCCACCCUCUGAUAGCUUUGGUUUUAAGCGUAGACGUGAUGCGCAGUUUCAUCCUUCUCCUUUUGAGAGAUCUUUCUCUGCUGUUAGUCCCAUCUGCAGCCAAGUUGGAGAUGGCAUGGAUAUGAGCUAGAUUAUAUUAGAAUUUAGAAUACAUAUAUAUUAUCAUAUUAUUAACCUUAGGGACUCCUUUAUCUUGUUUCGCUCAUUGUGUUCCGUUGAAAUUUAUUCCAUUUUGCUUCUUCUCAUGGGACAAAUAUGGAUAAAUGGAUAAUAGACUUGAUGAUGGUGGACCCUUUGGCGUUCUACCUUCCUGUAGGAAAAACAAUUUAAUUUCUUAUCUUCUCUAAUGCUAUGUAGCUUUUCUACUAGCUUCAUUAUGAGACUUGAAUUUAAUUCAGUUUCUUUCUUACUUCUACUACACAGCUUUAUCAACUUUGAAAGAAACAGGGUGCUUCUAGGUCCUUAAUAGGAGUUGAAUUAUUAUGAUAUUAUUUUAGCAGUUCCUUGGUUAUAUUUGUCUAUUGUAGUUGUUAAUGUUGUAACCAUUUUUAAUUAUUUUAUUGAACUUGUGUAUUCGUGGAUGUAUGGUGCGAUAUUUGAUUGUUAAUCUAACUCUGAAUGAUAUUGGUAGCGCAGAAUCAAUUACAUUCUUCAUUUUAUAUAUUUUGUAUCUAUUUUCGUGGUUUGCCACUAUAUUUAGAUGUGAUUCUAUAACUUGUUCCUUUGUCGUUUGACUAGUUGAAUGCAGGUUGAAGAGGAAUGAUAUGGCUAUUUUCAUGUUUUGUUAUAUUCUAGUUUUUUCGUUUCUUUCAUUUUCCCUGUUAAUUUGAUAUAUGAGGUCCUGAAGUAUAUGUUGAUUUUGCAGGGGUUGAAAGUGUGCAAUUCAGGAGAGUUUAAAUAUACUUUUGUGAUAAUGAAUGAAUUUUUCCAUUUCUAGGUUUUGUGAAUUAAAAUGUUUUCACUUUCUUAUUUUUAAUUGUUCUUGUGCAGGAAAUUUUGUCAUUGUGAAUGUUUGAUAUCAAAACCAGGCCUACUGCUGAAGAACUAGGUUCCAUGUUAUGCUUGCUGCCUGCUAUUAGCAGUCUGGGCUUUUGGAGGGAUUCCCCCCUUAGAAUACAAGGUCGUUCAACCUUUCUCAAAUCAAACAUCACAUUGCUAUCUUCAGACAGCUACAAGGUAGAGCUAUUGCUAAUGCCACGUGUGAAGGUGUACCAUUUGAGUUUUGCACAUGGAAGAACUGCUACAUGCUAAUGUUUAUCAGUUGCCAUGUUUUUUCAGCUUUGAUGGGGUGAAGAAGCCAAUGGGGUAUCUCCUGCUUGGCUGCCAUGAACACAUGUUGUGUUAAUGCUGCUGUCUUUUUGAAUAAUAAUAGACAUUUUUGCAGUCUGAACCUGGUGUGCCAAUUUAAAAUGGAGUUAUAAGCAAGGUGAUUGAUCAUCUUACGAUUUAAUUGGUUGGUUAAGAUCUCUGUGCUGAUAAUGAAAUAACAUAUCAUUUGACUUCUUCUGGAUCAGUUGCAUAAAACCUUUGGUCUCUAUUUGGAACCCAUGAAGUGAGAUGACCAUAUAUGGACUUGUGAGGAUCACAUUGUGCUUAUCAUAAGGCACCUUUCUCUCAGCUGACUUAAGUUGCAGGCUAAUAAAAAUUUUUGGAAAAAAUAAGCCUAGUGCUGAGUUUAGCUGGUGAAACAGAUCGGUUUUAGGUAGCAGAACUGUACAGCUGGGAAGUUGUAGGCAGUAUUUAUCUGACUCGAAACAUCAAGGCUUUGCUAAUUGCAACUUCGAAGUCCUGCUAUUUCAUUGCAUAAUUCUUGUUAUUUUUUCCUUGGCAAUUGUCUAAACAGUUCUGGUAAGAGGGAUUGUUGUUGAGUUUUGUCCAGCAAGUGUAGAGAUUUGGGUCGUUGAGCUGCAGACCUGGAAGUUGUUACGAGUUGUGCUAUCCUGAAAUAUUAAAGUUUUGUUUAAUGCAGCUUGAGUUCUGCCAUGAUUUGUUCUCCUUCGCUCAUCUAAUCUUGUUAUACAUGGAAGCUGCAGCAACCCAGCCUAUAAACUGUAUGUAUGCUUAAUUUUGUGAAGCAAUGUUCCUUGAAUUCUAAAAUAUGGUUCUGAUAGGUAGUUUUGAUUCACCUAGUCUCCUGUUUUGCUGUUGAACAUCACUUAGCUCAGUUGUAAUAACUCCUCGCCUCUGUUCUUCCCCAUUUUCCUCUGCUGGUCCAUAUUUUGUAAUAUAGCCUUGCGAAAGAAGCAAAAAUUGUGCCAGUUCACUUUAGGGAUGUGCUGGUAUAACAUUGUUUAUGCAAAAGAUUCUUGCUUUUGGUAUUUUUCAUGGAAGGAAGUAUUGAUCAUGCAAUAAAAACAUGAGUUUCUCUAA